AUGGGACUUAUAUUGAGUUGCUGUAGGGAAGGAGAAUUGGACGAGAAUGAGGCCUUGUUAGCGAGUCAGCAGAACGGCUACGGCGCCCAUGAGGACUAUAAUGCGCUACAGCAGCAAAUGAAAGAACACGAGGAACGCUUGCGUGCCAGAGAAAAUACGUUGAAGGAAAUCGUGACUAACACGAAUGACAAACUGAUAGACAUCUCAAUGAUAAGUAAUAGCGGGAUAGUAAUACAGGGAACGGACUUAAAGAAUCCAGACCCAGAUGCGCUGGAGAAUGCUAGCGGAUCGACGACACGAGAUAACCAAGAACACACUCCAGAACAAAACAGAAGCAGCAAGAGUAACUUUGUUCCGCUCGAUACGAAGACCGCAAUGUCACAGGAGAUGAAGAAGCAUCUCAAACUGUUGCAUCAAACGAUCUUCGAAACUCUGGAUGAUGAGUUACGCGUGGAACCAAGAGGCCAGCUCAUAGUGACGCUUUAUUGA